AAAAUAAAUAAUAAAAGGAGUCGAUUCAUAAAGAACCGUUUAAAGAUUCGAUUCUCCUGGCGAGCGAAUCACGCGUCGCUGCUCGGUGGCGCGUGCUUUGUUUCCGGUCCCUUUCUUUUUUUUUCCUUUAUGCUUUUUGCCUCAUAGCGCGUGUGCAACGUCAGCAAGGCACCGAGCAGCCAUUCAUGCCUCUCUUUCUCUCGCUCUCUCUCUCUCUCUCUCUCUCUCUCUCUCUCUCUCUCUCUCUCUGUGUGUCUAUAUGUCUGUCUCUUUCUCCUUUCUCCUCCUCCUCCUCCUCCUCCUCCUCCUCUCGUGAAUGACUCGCAUUGACUGAGCAAGAACAAAUAAAAACAGGCAGACAAAGAAAGAAAGACAGAGAGAAAGAAAGAAAACCCCCGCUGGGAAUGAUGCUGGAGUUGGAGUCGGAGAGGAAUGCCCGAGGAUGCGGAGUCGUGCCGAAAGCCUGCGUGCGGUGAAGGCGCUCACGUGCUGCUUUGCGCGUGCAUCCCGCACAUCACGCACAUCCUGCCGCGCUGCUUUGUCUUCACCGAGACGCGAGAGACGCAACGCCGCAGCAGCAGUCGGCUGCGAGGCUCUCAUCUGCACAGCGAGGUGGCGAGGAUGAGCGUGCACGGGGCCGAGCACUGCAGGGAGAGGCGUCGCUCUGGAGACCGCUCCAGGGAUUCCUCUCACGAACGGGCUGAGGGCCAGCUCACGCCCUGCAUCAGGAACGUCACCUCACCUACACGUCAGCAGCUCAGCGAGCGAGAGCGGGAAGCGGGAUCGUGGUUGAGAUCAGCGAGUCCCCGGCCUCAGAAAGUUUCCGGUUCUUUCUGCACAGAUUCCCACAGUAAACCUCACGGCUCCGAUAUGAUCUACGUGUAUGAGAACGUGAAGGAGGGCUCUCGGAGCGUGAGGACGUCGGAGAGGGUGACCCUCAUUGUGGAUAACACGCACUUCGUGGUCGACCCCGCGGUCUUUACGGCUCAGCCCAACACCAUGCUCGGCAGGAUGUUCGGAGCCGGAAGGGAGUACAACUUCACCCGGCCCAAUGAGAAGGGCGAGUACGAAGUGGCCGAGGGCAUCAGCUCCACGGUGUUCCGGGCCAUCCUGGAUUAUUACAAAUCGGGGAUAAUCCGCUGCCCCGAUGGGAUCUCUAUUCCCGAGCUGAGGGAGGCAUGUGACUACCUCUGCAUCUCCUUUGAUUACAGCACCAUCAAGUGCAGAGAUCUGAGCGCCCUGAUGCACGAGCUGUCGAACGACGGCGCACGGAGGCAGUUCGAGUCGUACCUGGAGGAGAUGGUGCUGCCGCUGAUGGUGGCCAGCGCUCAGAGCGGCGAGAGGGAGUGUCACGUGGUGGUGCUUACCGAUGACGACGUGGUGGACUGGGACGAAGAGUAUCCUCCUCAGAUGGGCGAGGAAUAUUCCCAGAUUAUCUACAGCACCAAACUAUAUCGAUUUUUCAAAUACAUCGAGAACCGGGACGUUGCCAAGUCGGUUUUAAAGGAGAGAGGACUGAAGAAAAUCCGAUUAGGGAUAGAAGGUUAUCCCACCUACAAGGAGAAAGUGAAGAAGCGUCCCGGUGGUCGUCCCGAGGUCAUCUACAACUAUGUGCAGCGGCCGUUCAUCCGCAUGUCCUGGGAGAAAGAGGAGGGAAAGAGCCGUCACGUGGACUUCCAGUGCGUGAAGAGCAAAUCCAUCAGUAACCUGGCAGCGGCGGCGGCGGACACGCCUCACGACCAGCUGGUGGCGCUACACGCCGGACCUCAGGUGGACGAACUGGACAUCCUCCCAAACCACCAACACCACCCUGAUCCGGACGCUCCUCCUCCGGCUGUAUGAGAUUUUUAUAUACGCAAGGAUCAUCUGGACACGCUGGCUGCAUACACACACACACACACACACACACACACACACACACACAGGCAGCCAAACCCACGAUGCCUUUCUGAGCCCCUUCCUGCCUUAAGAGACCUGUGUGGCGGAUCAACGAGGGUCUAUCAGGAGGGAAUACCACUGACUUUUGAUCUACUGAUGAUGCAGUAUGUGGACUGCACGUAUCCAAAUCCUCACCCGAGUUUAAGACCCCUGACACACCAGCCCUCCAACACAACUCCUGCAAACACACGACUCUGCCAAUCAGAACCUCAUUAGCGAGGUUAUCCACGGUGCUUCCCGCGCUCACGUUCUGACCCGGAACCCGGAAAAAAAGUGUUCUAUAAUAUAAUGUAAUACGGGAAACUUCUAAAACGCUUAAAGUGGCUUAAUGCGAUGACGGCUUUUUAAAAAAAAAAACUAGUAAAACCAAGACAAGCAGUUUGGUUAAAUUUGUAUUAAAACGGAGUCUGAUCGCGUCAGGCCAGGUUAAGCGUUUUCCUUAAACGUUCGCUUUGGGAGGAAAACGAUUAACGCGCAAUUAAACACGUUACACGUUCGUAUUAACGUGUUUGCUGAGUUUGGAACGUCCCCCUGUAAUAACGUAGAUAAGAGAGACGGCUAGUUAUUGCAAAAACAAAAAAGAGGAAAACUCGAGAAGACUCAGGUCUCCUAAAACUACCCCCCAAC